CCUCGUCACUCACAGUUCAACCCUAAAAAACCCUUAGGCCUCAUCAUAUAAACCUUCUGUCUGCGCCGCUUCUUGAACUCUAACAGAAGCCUUUCCCUCGCACUCGCUUCAGCUCCAAUGGGUAAGGGUACUGGGAGUUUCGGUAAGAGGAGGAACAAGACACACACUUUGUGUGUGAGAUGUGGCCGUCGGAGCUUUCAUCUUCAGAAGAGCCGUUGCUCCGCUUGUGCGUUCCCUGCUGCUCGCAAGAGAACGUAUAACUGGAGUGUGAAGGCUAUUCGAAGAAAGACCACUGGAACUGGUAGGAUGAGGUAUCUCCGCCAUGUUCCUCGCAGGUUCAAGAGUGGCUUCAGAGAAGGCACUCAAGCAGCCCCAAGGAACAAGGGAGCAGCAGCCUCUGCUUAAGCAGUUGAAGGGUAAUUUUGGGCGCAAUUUGGUACCUUAUAAUAGAUUUAGUUGGCUUUCAUGUGUUGGGACAAAUUUUAUGAGAACAUUGUUUGAAGGAUGUUAUUUACUUUUCCAUUUUUAGUUAACUUUUUUUUUUUUUUUUUUUUUACCAUGUAGCUUCAAUGAAUUUUUGGACGGAGAUGAACGAGAUUAUUGUUGUUUGACCCUUUUAAUUAUUUCAUGUUUACA